GAGGCAGUCCUGGGGUUUGGGGUCUGUCGGGAGCCUGUUUCCGGUCUGCAGAAGAUGUCUGAGGCCCCUCCAAAUAGGUUUGAGGGGAGAAGCCAGGCCGGGAGAGCCGCUCAGGCCAGUUUGGGGCCGGGCUAGGGCCCUUGCGGGAGCAGUCUUCGGGGGCUGAGCACCUUGCCACGCCUGGAGCCCCCACGUGGUGGCCCACGGCCGGAGCCCACGCGUUCCCGGGGGCUGGAAAGGGGCCGCUCCUCCGGCCUGCGCCGAGACCGGGGCUUGGGGACGGACUCCCGGCGGCAGGCCAGGGCGGCGUUGAGGGAGCCCUCUCCAGGCGUGUGUUUGACCGACGCGCAUCUUGACUGGAUUCGGGGGCUCCUCUGAACUCAAGGGAAAUCCUGCCUACGUCGCGAGUAGAGUCCUCCGAGACCAUGGCGAGCCCUGGGAAAGACAAUUAUCGAAUGAAGAGCUAUAAGAACAAUGCCCUAAACCCUGAGGAAAUGAGACGAAGAAGAGAGGAAGAGGGCAUUCAGCUCCGGAAGCAGAAGCGGGAGCAACAACUUUUUAAACGGAGAAAUGUGGAGCUGAUUAAUGAAGAAGCCGCCAUGUUCGACAGUCUCCUCAUGGACUCCUAUGUGAGCUCUACAACUGGGGAGAGUGUGAUCACACGAGAGAUGGUGGAGAUGCUCUUUUCUGAUGAUUCUGACCUGCAGUUAGCAACCACACAGAAGUUCCGGAAACUGCUCUCCAAAGAGCCUAGUCCUCCAAUAGAUGAAGUUAUCAACACUCCAGGAGUGGUGGAUCGGUUUGUGGAGUUUCUGAAGAGGAAUGAGAAUUGUACAUUACAGUUUGAAGCUGCCUGGGCUCUAACGAACAUUGCCUCUGGAACCUCUCAGCAGACCAAGAUUGUCAUUGAAGCAGGGGCAGUCCCCAUUUUUAUAGAGCUGCUUAACUCGGACUUUGAGGAUGUACAGGAACAGGCAGUCUGGGCACUGGGAAACAUAGCUGGAGACAGCUCCGUUUGCCGAGAUUACGUCUUGAACUGUUCCAUCCUUAAUCCUUUGUUAACACUCCUGACCAAGUCCACACGACUGACAAUGACACGGAAUGCAGUCUGGGCCCUGUCAAACCUCUGCCGAGGAAAGAACCCACCCCCAGAGUUUGCAAAGGUCUCCCCUUGUUUGCCUGUGCUGUCUCGCCUCCUCUUCAGCAGUGACUCAGACUUGCUGGCAGAUGCUUGCUGGGCCCUUUCUUAUCUGUCUGAUGGCCCCAACGAAAAGAUCCAGGCAGUAAUAGACUCUGGAGUCUGCCGAAGAUUGGUAGAGCUUCUAAUGCACAAUGACUACAAAGUGGCCUCUCCUGCCCUGAGAGCAGUGGGUAACAUCGUCACCGGGGAUGACAUCCAAACCCAGGUCAUUCUUAACUGUUCAGCCCUCCCUUGCCUCCUCCACUUGCUGAGCAGCCCCAAGGAGUCAAUCCGGAAGGAAGCUUGCUGGACCAUUUCAAAUAUCACUGCUGGCAAUAGAGCUCAAAUACAGGCUGUCAUAGAUGCAAAUAUCUUCCCUGUGUUGAUCGAAAUCCUUCAGAAAGCAGAAUUCCGUACGAGGAAAGAGGCAGCCUGGGCCAUCACCAAUGCCACAUCAGGAGGAACCCCUGAGCAGAUCAGGUACCUGGUCUCACUGGGCUGCAUCAAACCCCUGUGCGACUUGUUGACUGUGAUGGAUUCGAAGAUUGUGCAGGUGGCCCUCAAUGGGUUAGAGAACAUCCUUCGGCUUGGAGAGCAAGAGGGCAAGCGCAGUGGCUCAGGGGUCAACCCCUACUGUGGCCUCAUCGAGGAAGCCUAUGGCUUGGAUAAAAUUGAGUUUCUCCAGAGCCAUGAGAACCAGGAAAUCUACCAGAAGGCCUUCGACCUCAUUGAGCACUACUUCGGUGUAGAAGAUGAUGAUAGCAGCCUGGCUCCCCAAGUGGAUGAGACACAACAGCAGUUCAUCUUCCAGCAGCCUGAGGCCCCCAUGGAGGGCUUCCAGCUAUAAUGUCUGCCUCCGGGGAGGGGAGGGGAUGGGAAGCACCACCAACCAGCGGAAAAGCAGCCCUCUGGUGGACGGGAAACCAGCCCCCCCAUCGUCAGCCACCACGCACCUCUUGCUGCCCUGGAAACUGUGCUUUUGACCUGCUCCGCCCCCUUCCCUGGAGGGAGCACCCUCUGGACAGACAGAACCAUCUGAGGCUCACAUUUGGGUUUUGUGACAAGAAGGGGACGUGUUGGGUUUUUCUUCCUUACACUAUAUUUUGGCUGCACAUAUGUCUUUAACCCAGGAGCCCAGGGGUAGACAAAGGAGGACUGAGGUAAUCAAUUUUGCACCUUUUUAAUUUUUUUUUUUUUUUUUUUUUUUUUUGGGGGACUUCCUUCCCUUUUUUUUUCCUUCUUCCUUNCCCUUUUAUCUUCCUUCAUCCUUCCCAGUUCUCUGCCCUAAUCUGUGUAACUCUUAUCUUGGGUACUUGAGCAGAUGGAAUAUUCCAGAGGUGGGGGGUGGGAGGGGCGGGGAGAAAUUCAAAACAAAGUGUUCUUGCUCUGACAGAAUAUUAAUCUUGUAUGCUUGGAUUGAGUUAUUUAAUUUUUUUUUCUUUUGCACAUUUUUCUUGUAUUAAGACGGCUCUUUCCAAGAGCCAUGAGUUCCUGGUUUUAGGAAUCCCAGCUACCAGCAUGGUCUGGGACUAGAGGCUGAGAGGGAGGUCACCAUGAGACAAAGGCUCCUUCCUCCCUCUAACCCCUUCCCAGACCUCUUUAGUUUGGGAGAUCUCCUUCCCUCCAGGGGCAAGUACACCAGUGGGAGUGGAGGGGAGGAGCACAGGCCUUCAGAUGGGGCUUCUCAUGUGUCGCUACUGAUCCCAUGUUUCCUACCCACCUUCCAAUGGUGCGACCCAACUUCAUUUGUUUACUUGAAAAUUCCCUCAGAGUUGAACGAACCUCUGAGGUAGCUGUAUUUUCUCCGAAGCACGAGACAGGGCGAUGGUCCUCCUCUCUCCUGAGGAGAAAGCCCUUGCUCUGGUGACCCAUAAGUUGCAGAGGAGGUGGAGCGAGAGUGUCAUGUAUUGGGAUAGCCAGGGAUCCCUGCCUUCGGCCUUUCUUCUUCCUCUUCCUCUUCCAUAGUUGGAUCAUGUAUAUUUUACUUCCAAAGGAGAGAAUGUCAAAAAGUUCUGUAUUUUUUUAUAUUCUAUAUAUUAGGUAGGUCAAUCUUAAUUGGUCUCAAGAGGAAGAACUGUCUGUAAUUUCUGUAAGUAGGAUACUGUGAGGAAGACCAAAAAGAGAGGGGGAAGCUGCCUCGCUCAGGGAGCCUGAGCUUGGUCCUUUUCCUCUCUACUUAGGUUCUGGGCCACCACCUGGGACCAACCCUUAGCUCUGGAACCUUUAUUUAGCAGGUCAGCCCGGUCUGAUUAUCCCAGUACCCGAAGGGAGCAAGGAUGGCCCCAGGGCCUGGAGAAGUCUACCAUUCUAGUCCUUACUGCUAAGCAUCCUGCUUAUAUCAGGAAACCCAAAAAGCAUUCUACCUUCUCAGAUUCAGUCUCAAAGCCCUGGCCACAUAAGGUAUCACACUUGCCUGCCUCUCCAGUGAUCAUAGAAACUUAGCAGCCUCGGGACUUUUGUGAGACUUACUGGUAUCUUUCCUGUUUGGGAUCCUUGGACCUGGUUUGGGUUUUUCCCUUCCGUGUGACAGUUAUAAUCCUAAUGCCUUUUCUCUUUGAGUAAAGCUAGUGCGAUGCCUCAGUGGCUUGCCUUCGCUUCGGUGGAUUACAUGACAGUAAAGCCCAAUUGUUGGGGAGAGGAGUGGAGAAAGUUGCUGGCUAAGUGUAGACCAACUGUGGAGCUGUGGGCACAGUUUGCCUUGCCCCUGCUUCUCCACUGUGGUCAGUCACGUGCCUGUGCCGAGCUGUAGUUGCCCUUCCCCAGAGACAGUGCCACUUACUCCCAUUCCUGCACACCCCUUCUGGCUCAGGUGAAAUCCCUGCCCCUCUGCUUACAGAUCUAAAGUUCAGGUGCUCACUGUCUGCCAUUGGUCUUGAUUUUGCCCUCUCCUAGUGUUGAGAUCCAACUCCAGAACCAUUUGCUGAAGAAGGUGGUGCGGGGCUUGCAGUUAUCACCAAAAAGUCACACCAGUGCUGUGCCACCUUAGUAUGUCAGACCUUAGUACCCUGACCUUGUAUGUCAGAUGCUAUUCUUCAGCUUAGGAAUGAAUGACAACUACCAGCCCACAAGGAGGCAAGGGGCUGGACCUCUGUCACUUGGCCCACUGACUCCAUUACAAAACUUUUCCCCUACAGUUAGAAAAGCCACCUGCUCCCCCCACCCGCCCCCUGUCCUUAUCCAAAGGGCAAAGCACUUUAGUAGGACCUAUUUUGUACAUCUCAAGCAAUAGUUGAGUCCCUGUCAUUGGGGCCAGAUUUUUAUUGAGAGACAUACACACCCUGCUUUUCCCAACUACUCCUCUAAAAUCUUGCACUUCAGAUCUGGGGCCUAUACCAGAUGGAAGACUCUUUUUUGAUCGUCUGGCUGCUGCUGGGAGCCAGUUUUCUCCAAGGACUUGAAAGGCUGAAGUCUCCCAGGGUGCAACAUGAGGACAGAUUUCUCAUCAGAUAAGGUGGCCUCUAGGAGCUUUCCUUUGGCGUCUUCCUCAGACCAUAUUUUCCCGUUAUUUCCUUCUACCCCUCUUUCAGCCAGCAGGUGAGGUUCUUCCAGCCCACAGGGGCAGUAACAUCAUCUUCAGUGUCUCCUCCUCUCCUUUGGUCCUCUUGGAAAGCAAAACAUUAUUUCUGUAGCCCAGCCUUGACAGCCACUCUUAAUGGGCAGCCCCCAUCUAGACUUCAGACCCUGGCCUCAGUGAGGUCAAAGGCUGCUUUCCAGUAGAUCUCUGAAUGGAUGUUGUAGGGGUGAUGUAGGCUCCGCAGCCUAUUGUAUGGAAUAGCCUGAAAAGACAUGUUUUUGGAAUCUUCAUGUGCUGGCACAUAGCUGGUGUAUCCAUUGUAAGAUCCCUGCUGGAGGUGGAGGUAUCUAGGUGUGGAUUAGGGGAAAAGGAGCCUUUCUCUUAGCUGAAGUGUUCAAAGACUGUUGGGACAGUACCAGCCUAUUCUUUAUUGCCAGCCCCUCUGGUUAUCCCACCCCCAACAUCUUCUGUAGUACUAACCAAGUCUCUGGUCUUACAAGUCUGCCUUCAAUUCUGAGCUGUCCCCAGGUGACUGCCUGGCCUUGGCUGCCGCCAUCUGGUAGAGCUGCAUGGAUUCCACUUGUAGCUGGCCAGCCUGGUUACUUGGGGCAGUGCGGACAAAUGACCCCUCUGAGGAGCAGGCAUUGAUGACCUCAGCUUUCGGGGACGCUUGCUCUUCCCCCCCCUUACCUAGGACCCUUAGAUCUACUUCUUCUACUCUUUGCCCUGGAAGCCACUUUCUAGGAGCCCUGUUUUUUGGAGCUGAACUUCACAGAUUAUAGCUGCUACUGUACUUGGUCAAGGAAGAGUGAAAGAAGGCUCUCAGGCACACUUUUCUAUUUCUCUCAAGUCACACUAGACGGCAGAAUGAACUGGAUUUCCAUGUUCUCAUGUCUACCUGUUUCCCUCUACACCCUAGAGCUACUUGUUUCUAGCAAACUAAAAGGGAAGGAGAUGAACGCCUAACUACUUCCCUCCUCUUCUCCUUGAGACUCACUCAGCUUGGUAUCCAUCGUCUUGGAUUCUUCAGUAGAUUCAUCUGUGAGCUCAGAUUGUGGAUUUUCAGUUGAAGGCAGGGAGCCGUAGGGAGGAUGGGCUGGCUGGAGGCCUCCCUGGCAGGCUGGGGAAAGGUGCGAGGCUCAGUGCACUGAACCAUAGGAAGUACUCAUAACCAGUAGCAACAUCUUCUAGGUAGGACUGUCCUAGAAGUGAGUGAGUGUGAGACUGAGAAAUUGCUCAGAGUAGGUUUCUUCCACAGCCGUUUAGGAUUGCACAUUCUAGACCAAUCUUGUCCAGUAUUUUUUCUGUGUCUUAACUUUUGAAGUCUUUUGUUAAGCCAACAAGCUGAGAAUUUGGCCCUGCGGGGAUCCCUGUGGUAGGCACUAGCUGCUCUUUGGCCAAGGCCUUCGUAAAUGAUUCAGUCAUCCUACUGUCUGCCCCCUAGCCCCACCCCCACUUUAAGACCAUGACAAGGGAAGAAUUUGAAGUCAAUACCAAUCAAGUCUGUGAAUUAAAGCUGUUGUUUUUCCUCUGAGAGGGCAUUUUGCAUCAGGCCUGGGGUAUGUGCAGAACCAAAACUGGGUGUGGGGGGCAACAUUAAAUUUUGGGCCCAGAACACCCAGGAAAAAGGUUUCUGUAGUGUGUCAUAAAGGUCUCCAGUGGGUUUGGGCCUACCUCGCUAUUUCUGGGCCAGCCUGACUGCUGAUGUCCAUGUUAGCAUAUACCUAACCCCUUUCCUAACGCUAGCCCUACUCCUCCGUGUAGGUUAGAUCUUCAGCUCCUGGGUUUGGGGAGAGAAAGCUCUGCCAUGGCCUGGGGCUGGUGAAGGAAGUCAAAGCUCAGUUCCUGAGACUGGCUGGGAACCUCCUGACUCAGGAUGUCAUUAAAGAGUCCACCUCUACCAGAACCCUCAGACUCUGGAGUUAGAUAUUGUCUCGCUUAGCCAGCUUCUGUGGGAACUGCCUUUGACCACUAAAGAAGCUAAGGAGGGGUCGGGGGUGGAUAUGAGGUCCUAGCCACCGAGGUCAGACUCGAUGCCCUUCAAAAACAGCUUGGGUUCCCAGCUAAAGACCCCAGGAAGGUGAAUUGAAACUUUUUCCUCGUUGGUUUAUUCUUUCCAAAUUUAUUUGCUCUUAGUUUUCUAAGAACUAUAAACUCUGGCUGUUUUCCAUGUUCUCAGGGCCCCUGGGUAGACAGACAAAGCUUGAUGAUUUCAGAGCAGACAUAGGCCAAGAAACCGUGGCAUUGAGUGUGCUGAGUCCAGACAAAUGAUAUUUAUAUACACAUCCAAAUUUGAAGAGAAAAUGUAUUUCUUUAGGUUUCAAACACUGUACUAGAUAUAAAGCAAAAAUAAAAACCUGUUGCAAAGUUCUAAA